AUGGAGUUACUAAAAUUAAUCAGCUGCAUAUUUCUAUUGGUCUUAAUAGGGCAUAAUCCUGCCCACUCUUAUGAGACAACACAUGAAACAACGAAAACUACAACUACCACGAGUACCCCUACUAUUUCAGCUAGAACUACUACUAGACCCACAACUAUACCACCUCGUACAACUUUGAGAUCUACUACACCAAGAACUCCCAAAACACCAACGUCUACCACUACCACUACCACCACCACCACAACCACAACUACCACUAGACCCGAAUCUACCAAAAAACCUUGCGGUUCAAAUAAUUUAGGCGACUAUCAGGGUGGAUGUGAUGAAUCUGUGCCAGUGAUUAUCAUGCCCAAAGGACGUCCAAUUAUGGAACGUAUUUUAGAUUGGUUCAAGUGCGGCACAAAAUUAUGUCUUUAA